UGCUUUGUUCCCAGCAACGUCAAAACAAAUAUUCUAAAUGAAAAGAACCAAGCAGCAAUUCAUCUGGCGACGGAGCUGAACAAGGUGGCCGUUCUGGAGGUGAUGGCCCGCCAUAAAGACAAAAUUGACAUUCAACAGGGUGGAGAACAUGGCAGGACGGCCUUACAUAUCGCCGCCAUUUACGACCACGAGGAAUGCGCUAGGACCUUGAUAUCUGAGUUUGGUGCAAGUCCCAAGAGACCAUGCAACAACGGCUAUUACCCCAUCCACGAAGCAGCUAAAAAUGCCUCAUCUAAGACACUAGAAGUGUUUCUCCAGUGGGGAGAAUCACUAGGAUGUACCAGAGAAGAGAUGAUUUCAUUUUACGAUUCGGAAGGAAACGUUCCACUUCAUUCUGCAGUACAUGGAGGGGACAAGAAAGCUGUUGAAUUAUGCAUAAAAUCUGGAGCGAAGAUUUCCAUCCAGCAGCAAGACCUAUCGACCCCCGUGCAUCUCGCUUGCGCCCAGGGCGCCAUGGAGAUAGUGAAGCUCAUGUUCGAGAUGCAACCGGAAGAAAAACUGCCCUGUCUGCAGUCCUGCGACGUCCAGAAGAUGACGCCUCUACACUGCGCCGCCAUGUUCGACCAU